AGGAUGUUGUCAGAACUGCAUGUUUUCAUUUGCUCGCUGUGGCACGGCAGCUCCUUGCGCAUGUGGCUCAUGCAGCGUGUGGGUGGCCCCCUGGCCUGGCCGAUGAGCUCGGCCUGCCAAGCUGGCAGCUUGUGGCGCCCGUUCCUUGGCGAUGCCUGCUCGGAUCUCGGAGCAGCGGCAAGCAGCCUUCCAUCUCCCACCCCGGUCCCUCUCGGUCCGGGGGUGCUCGGCCGACACAGCGUCUCUCCCCCCCAUGCGCCAUCGGCUGGUUCCGGGAAAUCACAACAACAAACCCCGUCCCUCCAGCAGACACCCGAUGCAGCGCUGGCUGCGUCUGCCGGGGUCGUCUUGGUGGACGGGCGGGGCACCCCUCCAAAGGCAGUCAUGACGACUGUCUAACAUUAAUGGUACACUAUGGACCGAUGGUGGGCUUCCCAUGCUGGAAGCCUACGUUUGGAGGGCCCGAGCCGUUGCGGAACGCCCCUCUGCCUAUCGUUAGCCCAUGUGUCUAGCAGUAUCUAUCAGCUUCGCUGGCUUCUUUGUCAAAUGCUC